AUGGCUACUGAUGCUGCGCUGGGCUCGUCAUGCGGCUUCUCAACCCGUCUAUCGCUCCGAUGGGUUCCUGAACCACCAGAGGAGACGACAGACACGAUUGUCCUUUCCGUGGGGAAUUAUUUCCUAGACCUGCGGAUGGAUAAGGCAUCUGGACAAAUUGACUGGGCAAUGGCAGGUACAAGGAUUGAAGAGAACCCACAUGAGUCACCAGUCAAGACCCUCUUCACGCGUGAGCUGGACUCCCUGAAUGAGAUCGGUAUUGUUGAUGUUGGAAACUUCAGCCGUCUCCCCAAUGGCGAUGAUCUUGAAACUGGCGAGAUGCCCCGUGCCGAUCUUCCCGGUGCACCCAUGACGACCUUUGAGGAGGUUUGGCGGGAGCUGCCGUUCAGAGAGGGCCCCGAAGGCGCUAAGAAGGGUAUUUCUUGGAUUCUUGAAUCUGAUGAUAGUGAUCUGGACUUUGGCGAAGGAGAAGGAGAGGCAACUGUGACUAAGAUAUUCUUCGGUCGUAUUUGGGGAACGUUUCUAGCGUUCAAGCAGGUUCAAACUCAUACUUGGCAAAAGGGAUCUGAUGGAACCUUUUCUAUCAACAGGACUGGAGCAGAGGUUAGCACCAGGAGAGAGGAGUGGAACUCUGGGUGGGAGGAUAAGUACGUCGUUGGCCCUGAUGGAAGUGAUGUACCAUCGAUGAAGACCGGGUUCGAGGGCGAGGGUAAGGGAUCUUGGAGGGUUCCCGGCGAGAAAGUGACUAUUGACGGCAAGUCAUUUAUGGUUCGCGCGUUCGAGGAGAUCUGA